AUGUAUGGUCUAAGUUUGCAACUCCUCUUUGAUAUGAGCGAUAAGACCUCCAAAGACCAGUAUGGUCGAAAAACGUGGAAUGUGGAAGCAUAUGAGGCAGAAGCGAAGAGACAAAAGAGAAACGAGGCUUCUGAACUGGCAAAAGCUGCUGCGCUUAGACUCGGACAGGAUCAUCUACAACAUCGAGCAGAGCUUCUAAGUGAGCUGAUAGCACAAGUCAAGAAGAGAACUUUGAUAGCAGAUCCCGAAACCAAUUUUGGAAGAAGGCGUUUUGGGUUCACUUGUCCUGUUUGCGAUUUAUCCUUUCGUGAUACCCUAGCGCUUGUGGACCAUAUCAACUCGCCUCAGCAUGCGAGAAAGGCUCGGGAGCUAGCUAAGUUAUCUGGGUCUGGCGAGGGAGACGAGAUUGUGAAUGGAAUACGACAUGCUACUCCGGAAGAGGUUUCACAGACAAUUGAAGCUCUUGUGGCUAAGAAGCUCCGAGAUAGAGCUGCUUCGAGUGCAGUCGAUUCUAUACAAGAAAGGGUACGAAAACGAGCAGAAUUCAUGAAGAAACGGGCUACCAAAAGGAGGGAGAAGAGACUUAAAAAAAAGGAAGGGCAAAAUGGACGAGAAGGGGAGGAGAACUCAGAGAUGGCCAGGGCCAUGGGAUUUGAGCAAUUUGGAUCCACGAAGGUUGAUUAA